AUGCCGCACCCCUCAGCUUCGCCCGGUGACCGCGGCGCGCUGCCGGUGACCUGCCAGGCCGCCCCCGCGGGCCCCGGCAGGGACAAGGAGCCCGCGCGCGGCGACCUGCUGCGCCCGCACGCGGUGGCGGCGCCGCCACCGCCCGCGCCCUUGGCGCAGCCGCCCGCCGCCAAGCCCGCGGCCGCCCGCAAGCAGGCGCCGCUGGACGGCAACGAGGCCACCUCCCGCAUCGCCUACGCCACCUCUGACGUCUCCUUCAUCUACCCCAUCACACCCGCCACCCCCAUGGGCGAGUUUGUGGACCAAUGGUCAAUUGAGGGCCGCAAGAACCUGUUUGGCAACGUCAUGUCGGUGACGGAGAUGGAGUCUGAGGCGGGCGUGGCGGGGGCGCUGCACGGCGCGCUGGCCGCCGGCGCCCUGGCCACCACCUUCACCUGCUCCCAGGGCCUGCUGCUCAUGAUCCCCAACAUGUACAAGAUUUCGGGCGAGCUGAUGCCGUGCGUGCUGCACGUGUCGGCGCGCGCGCUGGCGGGCCACGCCCUCUCCAUCUUUGGCGACCACCAGGACGUGAUGGCGGUGCGGUCGACGGGGUGGACCAUGCUGAGCAGCCACAGCGUGCAGGAGGCGCAGGACCUGGCCCUGGUGUCGCACCUGGCCACGCUGGCGGGCAGCGUGCCCAUCGUGCACUUCUUCGACGGCUUCCGCACCUCGCACGAGAUCAACAAGGCGAGCGCGGCUGGCAUCGACCUGAUCAGCGACGAGCAGAUGAAGCCGCUGAUGGAUGAGCUGGCUCCGGCCAUCGCGGCGCACCACGCGCGCGCCAUGAACCCCAGCCACCCCACCCAGCGCGGCACAGCGCAGGGCCCCGACGUGUACAUGCAGGCCAUCGAGGCAGCCAACCCCUACCACAAGGCCAUGCCCGGCAUCGUGCAGGCCGCCAUGGACAAGGUGGCCGCGGUGACUGGGCGCCAGUACCACCUGUUUGACUAUGUGGGGCACCCCGAGGCGGAGAAUGUGGUGGUGGCAAUGGGCAGCGGGUGCGAGGCGCUGGAGGCAGCGGUGCAGAACCUGACCCGAGACGGGCACAAGGUCGGCGUGCUCAAGGUGCACCUGUUCCGCCCCUGGUCCCCUGAGCACCUGCUGGCCGCGCUGCCGGCCAGCGCCAAGCGCGUGUGCGUGCUGGACCGCACCAAGGAGCACGGCAGCCAGGGCGAGCCGCUGCUGCUGGAGGUGGCCUCCUCCCUGCAGCGCGCACGCCGCCAGGUGGAGUGCGUGGUGGGCGGCCGCUACGGCCUGGGCUCCAAGGACUUCACACCUGCCAUGGCCAUCGGCGUGUUCCAGAACCUGGCGGCGCCCCGCGUGGAGGAUGUGCGCGACCGCUUUGUGGUGGGCAUCGUGGACGACGUCACCUUCUCCUCGCUGCCCUACGACGCCGAGCCCGAGGUGCUGCCCCCCGAGAUCACCGAGUGCCUGUUCUGGGGCAUGGGCUCCGACGGCACCGUGGGCGCCAACAAGGAGGCCGUGAAGAUCAUCGCCAACCAGCCGGGCAUGAACGCGCAGGCGUACUUCAGUUAUGAUGCUCAUAAGAGCGGCGGCGUGACUGUCAGCCACCUGCGUUUUGGGCCCAAGCAGAUCCGGGCGCCCUGGCUGGUGGACAUGGCCCACUAUGUGGGAGUGCACCAGCAGCAGUACUGGUCCAAGUACGACGUGCUGGCCGGGCUGCGCCGCGGCGGCACUGUACUGAUCAACGCGCCCUGGAAGAGCUGGGAGGAGGUGGAGCAGUUCAUGCCGGUGAAGACCAAGGCGAGAGUGGCGGCGCUGCGCCCCAAGGCCAUCCCGCUGCUCAAGGAGUCGAUCAAGAAGGCGUACGGCAAGAAGGGCGACAAGAUUGUGAACAUGAACUACGCGGCGGUGGACAAGGCGCUGGAGCACCUGGUGGCCAUCGACAUCCCCGCAGACUUUGGCAAGGGCGUGGAGCGGCUGGGCGCGGCUGAGCACGCCGCCGCCUCUACGGGCUCCCGCACCGCGGCCGAGUUCCUGAACAAUGUGGUGAUGCCCAUGCUGGCCAUGGAGGGGGACAAGCUGCCCGUCAGCGUGUUCACCCCUGGCGGCUUCUUCCCGCCCGGUACCACCGCGGUGGAGAAGCGCAGCAUCGCUCAGGUGGUGCCCGCCUGGAACUCCGCCAACUGCACCCAGUGCAACAUCUGCUCCUUCAUCUGCCCCCACGCCGCCGUGCGCCCCGCGCUGGCCACCCCCGAGGAGCUGGCGGGCGCGCCCGCCGGCUUUGCCACCGUGCCGAUCAAGGGCGGCGGCCCCGCGCUCAAGGGCUUCCAGUACCGCAUCCAGGUCUCCCCCACCGACUGCACCGGCUGCGAGCUGUGCGUGCACGCCUGCCCAGACUACGCCCUGACCUCCACGCCCACCGCACAGAUGCUGGAGGCGGAGACCACCAACUGGGACUUCUUCAAGCAGCUGCCCGUCAGGGGCGAGCUGUUUGCCAAGGACACGGUGCGGGGCAGCCAGUUCCAGCCGCCGCUCAUGGAGUUCAGCGGGGCGUGCGAGGGGUGCGGCGAGACGCCGUACGUCAAGCUGCUGACGCAGCUGUUUGGCACGCGCAUGCUCAUCGCCAAUGCCACGGGCUGCAGCUCCAUCUGGGGAGGCUCCGCCCCCGCCAACCCCUACACCACAGACUUCAAGGGCCGCGGCCCCGCCUGGGCCAACUCCCUGUUUGAGGACAACGCCCAGUUUGGGUUUGGCAUCGCCAUGGGCGUGAAGCAGCGGCGCGCUGCGCUGGAGGCCGCCGCCAAGGUGGUGGUGGGCGAGGGCGCAGGCACGCCGGAGCUGCGCGCGGCGCUCGCAGAGUGGCUGCCCAUUAAGGACAACGGCGCGCUGGCAGGGACCGCGGCCGCGGCGGUCGCAGCGGCGCUGCCCGCCGCCAACGGCAAUGGCAACGGCAACGGCGCGGUGGUCAGCGAGGCGGCUCGUGGCGCGCUGGCUUACAUCCAGAACAACACCGACCUGCUGGACAAGCCCAGCGUGUGGAUUGUGGGCGGCGACGGCUGGGCGUACGACAUUGGGUAUGCCGGGCUGGACCAUGUGAUGUCCACGGGCGAGGAUGUGAAUGUGUUGGUACUGGAUACCGAGGAGUACUCCAACACGGGGGGGCAGAAGAGCAAGUCGUCCCCGCUGGGCUCUGUGCUCAAGUUUGCGGCGGCGGGCAAGAACCGGCCCAAGAAGGAGCUGGGGCUGAUGACGAUGCAGGGGUACCCAGACGUGUAUGUGGCUUCCAUCUCGCUCGAGGCCAACUACAACCAGGUGGUCAAGGCGAUGAGCGAGGCCGAGGCGCACAAGGGGCCCAGCCUGGUCAUCGCCUACGCCCCCUGCGCCAUGCACGGUAUCUCAUCCAUGUCUGAGAGCCAGACCGACGCCAAGAUGGCGGUGGACAGCGGCUACUGGCCGCUGUACCGCUACAAGCCGGGCGCCACCGAGGCCGACGGCAAGCUGACGCUUGACUCCAAGAAGAUCAAGGGGGCGCUGGAGGACUUCCUGAAGAGGGAGAACAGGUUCAUGGUGCUGACCCGCAAGGACCCCGAGGCCGCCGGCAAGCUGCACCACCAGAUGGAGGAGCACAUCCAGCUGCGCCAGGAGCGCCUCAUCAACAUGGCCAAGGGCACGAACGGCGCCGCGCCGCCCACGCCGCCGCCCGCGGAGGAGGAGGAGAAGAAGUGA